AAGUCAACUCUGCCGCUGCCCCGCCAUCCCCUGCCCCCUUCGACCCGCGCUCGACCUUUCCCCACGUCCCACAAACCCACGCGAACCCGCGAUCGCGACAGACGACCAACUCGAGGCUACCGCUCACAAUCAAUCAUCCCGGAUCCUCACAUCAAAGCAGAGUAGUCAUGGCGCACUCCGACUACGAGGAUUCCGACUUCACGGCCGAAUCCGAAUCGAUGAUGGAUAUCGAAGCCGACAGCGACUACGACGAGAUCAGCUCGCAGUACGACUCUUGCUAUUCGUCCGGAUCUGACAAUACUACUACUCUCUUCUCGGAGGUCACCAACUACAAGUUCGAGCACGGCCGUCGCUACCAUGCCUACGCCGAAGGUCUCUACUGGGGUCCCAAUGACGAUAAGCAGAACCAGCAGCUGGAGAUCUUCCAUCACAUCUUCACCAUGGUAUUAGAGGGCCGCCUCUUCCUAUCGCCGAUUGAGCAGCCCAAGAAGGUUCUCGAUCUCGGAACCGGUACUGGUAUCUGGGCGAUUGAGAUGGCCGACUUUCUCCCCAACUCGCAGAUCCUAGGCAAUGAUUUGAGUCCGGUCCAGCCAACUUGGUUAGAUUUCCCCGCGAUUCCCGCCAAUUGCACCUUCGAGAUUGACGACUUCCUGCGACCCUGGACUCACACGUCUGGCUCGUUCGACCUCAUCUACGCUAGGGGACUCUACGGCUGCGUCGACGAGUGGCCUCAGCUCCUCAGCCAAGCUUACAACGCGCUAGCCCCCGGCGGUUGGUUCGAGAGCGUCGAAGUGAAGCCUUACUUCUGCACCGAGACCACUCCCGACAACAAGUUGGCCGAAGGCACCAUACUCAAGCGCUGGGGCGAGUUGGCUGUCGAGGCAUCCGUCAAGUCGGGACGCCCGUUGGACAUCGCUGGUAAUGUCGGAGGAUGGAUGAAGAGGACCGGCUUCGUGAAUGUCUCGGAGAAGCCGUUCAAGGUUCCCUACGGACCCUGGCCGAAGGGCGAACGGAUGAAGAUGAUCGGCAAGUUGAUGUGCGUCAACGUUCUUGAAGGACUGGAGGGCUUCACGCUUGCGCUGUUCACUCGUUACCUUGGAUGGUCUGCGAAGCAGUAUACCGAUUUCCACAACCUGAUUGUCACUGAGAUGAGGGACCCACACCUGAAUCUCUGGGUCCUGAUGUAAGCCUCCCCGUCUCCCGCAUGACUGAUUGUCCUUAUGUGC